CUGACUCCACCGCGGUGCCUGGGACCGAUCUGGGCCUUCGUAUGCGGAGGGAAAUCGGGGACAGCGAGUGUCCCCCGAGGUCAUAAGCCCAGCCUCCUGGGCAGAAGGGUAAGAGUGAAGGAAGUCGGAAACUGUCUACCGGCCACUGCCUUAGGCCCAAACCCUUCGGGAAAUCCAAGGGUAAAGGCGCUCUACACAGGGCGGUGAGCAGAGCUAGCUGGUCCCCUGUCCUCUCCAAAGCAAGGUGGGGUACGAAGUACCCAGGUGCAGAUAAGGUGGCACAGGUGAGACUCACUGAACAGACCCUUGCCAGUUUAGCUUUUCUUGGCAAAGUCUAAAAUGCAGAAGAACGUCCCAAACCUUGAGGACGGGCUCCCUGGCUCUCCUGGGGGAUCCCAGUAGUCAGCAGGUGGCUUUGGGAAAGGAACUGCUUCAGGGUGAGAGGGUUUGUUUCUACUGCCUCUCCUGUCCCUCCAGGCCUAGCUGGCAGGCCUCCUCCCAAAUGAAGAACCUAGCCACCUGCCUGCAGGAAGGAGAUUGUGGAGGGUGGGUGGGGCCAGGCUGGGACACAAGAUCCACCGUGUCUGUCUACCUGAGAGGGCAAUGAGGCUUGGGCCUUGUCUUGGACGUGCAGCCUUCUGCACCUCACCAUGGCAUCUGCUGGUCUGCAAAUCUUGGGGAUUGUCCUGUCCUUGCUGGGCUGGAUAAAGGCCCUGGUGUGCUGCGCCCUGCCCAUGUGGAAGGUGACCGCCUUCAUCGGCAACAGCAUCGUGGUGGCCCAGAUCGUGUGGGAAGGGCUGUGGAUGUCCUGCGUGGUGCAGAGCACCGGCCAGAUGCAGUGCAAGGUGUACGAUUCGCUCCUGGCCCUGCCCCAGGACCUGCAGGCUGCAAGAGCCCUCUGUGUCAUCACUCUUCUCUUGUCCCUGUUUGGCCUGAUGGUCUACCUCGCUGGGGCUAAGUGCACCACUUGUGUGGAUGACAAGGAUUCCAAGGCCCGCCUAGUGCUCACCUCUGGGAUCAUCUUUGUCCUCUCAGGGAUCUUGACCCUCAUCCCCGUCUGCUGGACAGCUCAUGCCAUCAUCCAAGACUUCUACAAUCCUCUGGUGGCUGAAGCCCAAAAGCGGGAGCUGGGAGCCUCCCUCUACCUGGGCUGGGCUGCCUCAGGCCUUUUGCUGCUAGGUGGGGGGCUCCUGUGCUGCACUUGCCCCUCUGGAGGGUCCCGAGGUUCCAGCCAUUACAUGGCCCGCUAUUCUACAUCGGGCCCACACUCCCCACCUCGUGGACCCUCUGAGUAUCCCACCAAGAAUUACGUCUGACCAGGAUGGAGGAGUGAGAGCUCCACUGGCCUCUGAGCCGGAGCCACCAAGAGAUGACUCUCUCAGCACCUUGUGUGCUGGCUCUUAAUACACUUUGGGUUUGGGUUUGCUUUUGUCUGCUUUUAUGGGGAAGGAUAAUCUUUUUAAACUCACUUGACAAUUGGACCAAGAUGGUAGAGACUCCCUG